AUGGCCCCAAACCUUGACAAAAUCAAGUUGGGGGUUUUAGGCUUCAUAGCGGUAGGAGUGUUGGUAACACUCAUUUUAAGUAUCGUCACGUUAGUAAAAGUCAACGAAGAACCUAACUGGCCUACCACAACAACGUCAGCUCCGAACGGUGACAGUACUACUACUAGUUCUGGUGAUACUACUACUACUGGUACUAUUACUAGUACUAGUACUAGUGCUACGAAAACGACAAAUAAUCGUAAAUUUUUUCAAUUUUUUUAUAUAUAUUGUUUUUAAUGUAACGAAGUGUCAAAUUAGACAUUGAUUUUUUGUUUCUUAAAAAUCAGUAAUGUAACGGAAUGCCACAAAACGAAAAUCUUAAAUAUUGAUUUUUUUGUUUUUUAAAGUUUGAAAAUGUAUCUAAAUGUCACAAUUUUAAAUAUUAAUUUACUACAUUUUAAAAUUUGAUUGUAUAACAAAAUGUCACUAAUUAAAAAGCUGCGUUUUUAAUUUUUCAAUAUCUAAGAAAACCACUAAAUGUCACAAAUCUAUAUUAUAGAUUUUGUAAACUGAUACUCUUUAACAGCAUCUACCAACAAAAAAUCAAUUGUAUGCCGAAGUGCCACAAAAUCGAUUACUGCUUUUAUGCUUUACAAAAAAUCAAUAAUCUGACGAAAAACCACAACUUAAACUUUUUCAGCAGAAAACCUGAAUAUUCGGACUAAAGCACCGAUUGAUCCGCGUGAAAACGGCCAAAGAUACGAAGCCUUUAAGAGUUAUGCCGAAACUCUCCACACCUCUAUAAAUACAAGUUAUGAUCCUUGUGACAAUUUCUACGAAUACGCUUGUGGAAGCUUUAAUGAUGACAUGGACUUCGAUACGAUUCAAGACAACAACAUUCAGAAUUUGCUUGUUGGAUUGAAGAAGGAGCCGGUUGGUUUUAGUUUUUUUCAUUUUUUUAGUUAA